AUGGCGGCUCGUGUCCUUUCUGUCUGUGUCCGCCGCCUGCCCGCGGCCUUCACACCACUGCCCCGGGCCAGCACGCUGGCUGCGGCACGGCCACUCAGCACGGCCCUAUGCCCUGCGGGGAUCCGGACGAGACCUUGUGCUCCUCUGCCGGUCUCGAUGCUCGCGCAGGUUCCUGGGAGAGUUCCACAGUUGUACCGCCAGUAUAGCGAAGCACCCCCCUUGACGUUAGAGGGAAUCAAGGACCGUGUUCUCUACGUCCUGAAACUCUAUGAUAAGAUUGACCCGGAGAAGCUCUCAGUCAGUUCCCACUUUAUGAAAGACCUGGGCUUAGACAGUUUGGACCAAGUGGAGAUUAUCAUGGCCAUGGAAGACGAAUUUGGGUUUGAAAUUCCUGAUACAGAUGCAGAAAAAUUAAUGUGUCCACAAGAGAUUGUAGAUUACAUUGCAGAUAAGAAGGAUGUAUAUGAAUAA